AUGAAUGAGCUAAACGACCUCCUUCAACUCUUGAAAGAUACUCCUGGUCACUCUGUCACCCUCGUCAAAAUAUUUCACUUUGUUACCUAUGCCAUCUCACUCAAAGACGAUAUUCUCCUUCUCCAGCCUUCUUCUCAUCCGCCUUCAGUUGCACCUAUGAUUCUUCCCCAGGCUGUCAAACAAUUUCUUGCCACUGCAUGCAACAUACCACCCGACAUCACUGAUGAUUGUUGGACCAUCUUGAGAACUACGAUCUGGAAUGAUGGAGGUGACUUCACUCAAUGUGAUAUGCAGUCUAUCUUUCUUCGGCUGGGUAUCCCUUGGGGAUAUUACCCCGCACAAUAUACCCUCCGACCAAGGUAUGUUCGAAUGAAGACUGCCUGCACACAAGGAAGGUUUGGUCAGUCCACUUCUAUUGUCAAGAAUGGUAUCCGACACUAUUACAGUAGCAUCCCGGAUAUACUACAGGUUGCCGAACACCAAUUUGUCAAAAAAAAAUUAGUCAACCUUUGGCUCACACUGAUGGUGGUUUCUUGGACCUCGGCAACAAACUGUGCAUGUUUCUAUAAUGUUGCACUCCAUGGAGAUCACCAAAGCCUUUCCGUGCCUCAUGGAGGUCUUGAUAAGGACCGUUACAAAUUGGCAAUGCAGCCUCAGAGCAUCCGAAUGCAACUUUAUAGCCAACCUGAGUUAUGGCACUAUUGCUCUGAAAAGACUUGCACAAUAAUUGGUUGCAGCGAGAAGGUAGCUUCGAACAAGCGAACUUGCCUUGUUGCAGAACACCAAGCUGUUGAGAAGGUACAUAACAAGCAAGGGCAGGCACAAUUCCAGUUGCAAGAACGCCUCAAACAGGCAUGCGUUGCUUAUCCAAGUGAUUUGAUAGGUGAAUCUGUCAAUGAUGUCUCUCAACUUGCAGAUGUCGAAAGCGAUGAAGAGUUUGAGCUAGCAAAUGGGAAAGUUCUCCCAUCGCAGGCUUCUCAUACAUCAUCUGACCCUACCAGAAAGAGGAAGAACCGUCUCUGUGCGCAAUUUGGUCAGAAGCGAACACACAAUGAACAGGUCAUUGUUGCGCCCUGUGGGAUGAUAAUCACACACGAAACUUUCUUUGGUGCUGAGGCAGUUUCCAGUGUGGUUGAAAUGGUCAAGCGAACUUACCACAUCCCAGGGACGAUGCCAGAUCAUAUAUUCUUUGAUAACAAUUGCCAGCUUGCAAAGAUUGUUCAGGGGGACCCUGCCUUCAGAAAUGUUGGACUUUCUGUGGAUGUAUUCCAUUUCAAGAGCAAGCAUUCCAUUACUGAUAUGUUCUGUCAAAUGAUGUGCAACCCGGCAUCAUUUCCAGAACUCAAAGGAGAAGGUGACAAACUGUGGUAUUUUAACUCAUCAAUCGCAGAACAGACCAAUGGAGAUGCUCAUGGAUAA